AUGGCGCGCCGCCGCGGCAGCGUCGGGUCGCGGGUGAAGGGGUUCGACCCGAUCUCCGAGAUGGCGGGCCGGCUCGGGGUCGAGGCGCCCGUCAAGGAGCGGGCCAAGGAGAUCUUCCGGGAGGUGGAGGAUGCAAAGGCAUGGCCGCGCGGCCCGCCCUUGCUCGGGGACCGGAGCAAGGUCACGCUCUACGCGGCCGCCUGCCUCUACGUCGCCUGCCGCAACGCGUGCUCGCCGCGCACGCUCAAGGAGCUGGCCGCGGCGGCGUGCCCCUCCGCCGCGGCGGGCGCGGCCAUUUCGAGGGUGGAGAUCGCCAAGAUGGCGAUGGGCAUCAGGAUGCGGCUCAGGGACGAAGGCCCGGGGCAGGCGCCGGGCGUCGGCGUGCUGAGCGCGUCGAGCUACCUCCGCCGCUUCGGGGCGCGGCUGGGGUUGGGGGAGCGUGGGAUGGCGGCGGCGGAGGAGGCGGCGAGAAGGCUGGAGCAGAGCGGCCUCGACGUGCGCCACAACGCCGAGUCCGUCGCCUCCGGGAUCAUCUACAUGGCGGCGGAGGGCGCCGGGUUCUGCGUCACCUACAAGGGCGUCGCGGCGGCCGUCGGCGUCACCGGGGCCACCGUCAGCGCCGUGUGCAGGAAGCUGCGCCCGCACGCGCAGAUGCUCUUCGGGUAUAGCGUGCCUGCCACCAUUGCUGCUUGCUGUGUCCGUCCUCUCCGUGUCUGA